CUCUUCCCUGACAAUUCUUUGAGCCCUUCCCUAUCUGCCCAGGGAUGCGGGGACAGAAACGUCUCCUAGAUGUUGAUCCUGAUGACCUCGUCAGCUUUCACACCGCCAUUUCUCCUUCUACAGGUCGUGGCCAGGCCGAGACAAUGGUUCGAGCUCAUAAACGUCCCAGACAACAGACCCCUUCACCUCGCCGACACACUCCAUCACUUCAAUUAGCUGUCAAUCUCUCUCAAUCUUCCCGCAGUCCGCCAGCUUUUCUGUCAGAAUCGAACAUACGAACGACUUGCGGCGCAUCAAUGCCUCUUGAUUUCACUGAUUGUCCAAGGCAGACGAGGAAGGAAUGGUAUGCAGGGGUUUUUUCUAGCCCCUCAUCCUCCAGCCAUUGGUCUAGCAAUUCCUCUAGUCCAAUUAACAUUCUCCACUCGACUCCUACUAAGCGACGCGACCACCGAUUGAGUUUUGCACCCAGUUCGGAUGGCAAACCUAGUGUAUAUCAGCAUCCUGAUGCUACUACAAGGUCCGAACGACAGGAAAAUAAUGAGAUCAUUCUAGGCGUAACAUCUUAUCCCUCCCCUCGCUACACACAUGCAAGCCGUUCUCCUAAACCAGCCACGGCAAACGGUUUCCAUCACAUAUUAUCUGGUCUGAACGAUCUCCGAAUUCGAGAUCAAUACACUGCACAGUCGUCAGAGUCUCUGAGCCGUUCGACAUCCGGCAGGAGCGCCAUGACCUUACAAACUCCACCGACUGGUUCAUCCAGGAGAAGUUUUGCUAUCUAUGGCGAUAAUGGUGAACAGAACCAAUAUUUGUCGCCAACGUCAGCGGCAGGAGCCCCACACCCUAAACAGCCCAACUUUUCUUUCUCAAAACCUACUGCAGAAGGGUCCCCCCUGUCUCGGCGGCAAUGUCGAGACCGAAUUCCUGAGCGAAACUUGGCUUUGGCAAAAGCGAUGUCCGAUUUGGAUUCAGAUUCAGGCUCCGAAAUUGACGUUGUCAUGGAAGAGCCAAUGAUUUUGGGGGCCUAUGGAAAGAUAUAAGACGCUGGCAAGCGACUUCCGAGCAUUGACCGGGAUAACACACAGCAUCAAUCAGUCAGCAAGAUUCCCAGCUAGGCCCUAACGGUCGGAAAAUGUUGGAUAGGCGACUUCAACACAUUGCGCCAUCCUUCGGACCUUCAAUCUCGAGUAAUCAUCAUCGGGAUUUUCUUUUCUACUCCAAUCAAGGUACUCAACCAACUCAGCAAUUCACAUGCCCGUCAUGGUACCCUCUCUUCUAUUAUCAAGCUAGGCUUCGCUGUGUUUUUAACAUUAUCACCACAAAUCAUUCAUUCGAUCUGUGUACUAUAUACGGCAUCAUGACUUAAAAACUCUUGUCAUCGAUAGCCCCACAAUAUUACUCGGUACGCAUUCAAAUAUAUUUGUUCCUAUAUUCAUGUC